GUUCCCCCACUUACACCCCUCGGAAGAGAGAAAGUGUGCGUGUAGAGAGAGAGAGAGAGAGAGAGAGAGAGAGUGAAAAUGGUGUCGGGGUCGGGGAUCUGUGCUCGUCGGGUGGUGGUGGAUGCGCGACACCACAUGCUGGGAAGGCUGGCGUCGGUGCUGGCGAAGGAGCUGCUGAACGGACAGAGGGUGGUGGUGGUGAGGUGCGAGGAGAUAUGCCUCUCCGGCGGGCUCGUCAGGCAGAAGAUGAAGUACCUCAGAUUCCUCCGCAAGCGCAUGAACACCAAGCCCUCUCACGGUCCCAUCCACUUCCGAGCCCCUUCCAAGAUCCUCUGGCGCACCAUCCGUGGGAUGAUUCCUCACAAGACUAAGCGUGGAGCAGCCGCACUUGCUCGUUUGAAGGUUUACGAGGGGAUCCCGCCACCAUAUGACAAGAUAAAGAGGAUGGUCAUCCCUGAUGCUCUCAAGGUUCUGAGGCUUCAAGCAGGACAUAAAUACUGCUUGUUGGGCAGGCUUUCGAAAGAGGUUGGAUGGAACUACUAUGAUACUAUCAGGGAGCUCGAGGAGAAGAGGAAAGAGAGGGGUCAGGCGGUGUAUGAGAGGAAGAAGCAAUUGACAAAACUGAAGAACAAGGCCGAGAAGGCUGCUGAGGAGAAGCUUGGUUCUCAGUUAGACAUCAUUGCUGCGGUCAAGUACUGAAUUGGAGAGAUUAGUUUUCAUGGAUGGUAAUUUUUUGGGUGAAUUAUGUUCUGGUUAAACUUUAUUUUUCAAUUAGACUCAUGCUUACUUUGAGUUGAUCAGUGGUUUCUUGUGGCAAUAUGUGAGCACAAUAGAGUUGUUUUGUUCUGCAAGAUAGAUUUAAUGAUCUUGUGAUCUGUUUUACUUCUCUCCUUAAAUACUUGAGUGCAUUUAUCAUAAA